UAACAUAACCUAUGGAAAUAACAUCAACAUAACCUACAUUCAAUAAAUACAAAUCAUUUUUAAGUAAAACGGGUAAAACGUUUUCAAAAGAUUAAACUAAAAACUUGUACCACGUCUUAUUAGUGAGUAUAUAAGGCAGUUAUGUUUUUUAGAAAAUAGUAUUAAAACACUACUGCAACUUUUUAUUUAUAAUUCUUAAUGUGUGAUUAUUUUUGAGUUACAAAUGAUCAAGAUUAAAAACACUUUAUUACCUCCAUUUCCUCGGUUGUUUUGUAAUCGACAUUCAAAUAUUGCCAAUAAGCCUAAAACGUUAAAUAAAAUAGAAGCAUGGCAGAUACAUAAUUAUGGAGACUUAAAUGAACUUCAAUUAUCUCAAAUGCGAACACCAGUUAUUACUGAUCCUGACCAGAUUUUAAUUAAAGUGGAAGCUGCAUCUUUAAACCCCAUAGAUAAAGCUAUGAUUGGUGGUUAUGGAAGAAGAAUUUUUAAUUUAUUUAGAGAAAAUAACUUAGAAUUUCCAUUAACAUUAGGACGAGACUUCUGUGGUGAGAUUGUAGAGAAAGGUCAUAAUGUAGGAAGAAGUUAUCAAUUAGGAGACAAAGUAUAUGGAUUUAUCCCAUUACAUAAGCAAGGAAGCCACUCACAAUUUGCCCUUGUUAAUCAAAAUCAUAUUUGUCAUAAACCAAGCCAUUUAAGUCAUGUUGAGGCAGCUUCAAUUCCGUAUGCUGCAAUGACUGCAUAUGGUGGUUUAUACAUAGCAGGAGGUCUUCUUAUGAAGGAUGUUGGUAGAUGCCAAAUUUUACUGUUGGGAGCUUCAGGAGGUGUCGGUACAAUGGCUGUACAAUUGUUAAAGGCACAAAAAGCUAAAGUUGUUAGCACUUGUUCUGCUGAUGCAGUGCCUUUGGUAAAGGCUUUAGGAGCAGAUAAUGUUUUUGAUUACCAUCAAGCAAAUUAUGAAAGUGAAGUGGCAGCAAGGGGUAGAUAUGACGUUAUUUUAGACUGCUGCAAAUUUGGUUUUGAAAAUCUUCCAAAGAGUUGGAAAUAUACAAACUUUGUUAAUCUAAAUUCGCCACUACUAGUUAAUACUGAUGAACAGGGACUUAUUUUAGGACUUACAACAAGUGCUGGGAACCUUCUCAGUUCCAAUAUAUUCAGUAUUUUGGAAGGAAGAUCAAUUAGAUGGGGCUUCUUUGUUCCUUCAACCAGUGGAUUUCAGUUUAUAGAUAAAUUAGUAAAAAGGCAGAGAAUAAAACCAGUCAUCCAUAAAGUGUUUAAGUUUCAUGAAUUGCCUAAGGGACUCGAAAUGUUAAGUGCUGGUCACUUAAGAGGAAAAAUCGUUGUAGAUUUUGGAGAGAAUCUAUAAUAUCAUUUAUUUCAUCGUUUUUGUUGUUUUUAUAUAUAAUAGAAAAUUAAAAAUCGUUUUAUAUAAAG